AUGUCUUAUCCAAAUGCCAAAUCUUGUGUUGCAUCUAGCAAGACCUAUAAUAAAGCUGGCAUUUUUGUAGCUAAUUCUAAAGAUAUAAAUAAUGUAGAAGAAAACAUAGAUAUUCUGGAAGACUCUGAUAAAAAAUUAAAACCUACUUUCUAUACUAGCAAUGAGAAUGAUGAAUUAUCAAAAAAAAAAAACCAAUAUGAUGAUAAUGAGAUAAAAAAUGUCAUACCUCUAGAACAGCUUAAAAUUUGGAAUAUAUGCCAUAUUUUGGUUAUCUAUGAUAAAGUUUAUUUUUAUGCUAAUGAUGACAAUUCAUCCUUUUGGGUAAAAGAUAAAGAGCCUAUUAUUAAGAAAAAAAGGCCAAAAGUUAGCAAUUAUGGCCUGAGUUAUUAUAAAGCCAGAACAACAAGCUGA